AUGGGCAUGUCCGCGACGGGAAUUCUCGUGCCCGGUGUCCAAUCAUUUGAAAAGUCAAGAACGAUGAUGAAAACAUUGUUUCUGUAUUUUAUUUUCACGCCAUUUAUUGAAUGUUAUUUUCAUUUACAUUAUACUGAUGAACAAUCAGUAACGUCACUUGCAUAUAAACAUUGUCUAUACUUAUAUGUAAAAAAUGAAAAGAAUCUGAGUGUCGAAUCAUUAAUACCUUAUUGUAUUCGAUCUCCAACUUUUGAUCAUAGUGUAGAAAUACAAUGUUACGGUAAAGAAUAUAGAUUUGAUGAUUUGAAAUUGUUAGAAAUAACUGUUGAUGACCUAUAUGGAUGGAAUGCACCCAUUGAUAUGAUGAAUAAUUAUCAAAAAUAUCGUCUUGGUUUAUCUACGAAUGCUAAUCAACUAUAUUGUAAUUGUACAGAUAAUCACUGGUUUGGUCCAAAAUGUGAGUACACAUUAGGUCAAUCAAGUGAACAACAAGUAGAAAUUGUAAUUAGAGAACGUUUUAAAAUGAUGGACAGGUAUUAUAAUCCGAGAACUGAAAAUAUAACAUGUUAUAAUGCAAUUCCGUGUGAGAGUAUCGUGUGUAUAGACUGGCGCGAUAUAUGCAAUGGCAUUGUUAAUUGUAAAGGAGGUGAAGAUGAGUUAAAUUGUCUAGAACUUGAAAUGAGUGAAUGCAAUUUAGAAAGCGAAUAUCGCUGCAGAAAUGGUCAGUGUAUACCAAAAACCUUUGCCUAUGAUCACAUUUAUGACUGUAUGGACUCUAGUGACGAACUAAUUUCAUUUACUUCUGUUUUUCAUAGUUGUUAUACUGAUUUUUCUCUUCACUGUGAGGAACAUAAUUGUGGCUGGCUAAAGUUUUCUUGUGGGUAUGGUGAAUGUGCCGCUACUCCGGUUGAAGAAGCGUGUGACGGACACAGAGCUCAGUUAUAUCAGAGAAAAUUGUUUGAGUUUGAAUCAGACAAAAAUAUUAGUAUAUUGUGUUGGAAGUAUAUGAUCUGCGUUACGACUAAUAUGCAUUUGAGGUUAGCCUAUUUAUUUAAUAUUUCAUGUGAAGAUUUAUGUCCACCAUUUGGAACCUGUUCUGACUUCCUUCGAUUAACAUGUAGCAAUAUCUAUAGUUUUCCAUCAAUACCUUUCAUGUAUCCAUCUGUUCAUCUUUUAUAUGACUCCGAACGAUACAAUUUUCAUCAUUGGAAAUGGACACCGAUUUUUAUUUGCUAUGAUGAUAAUGCCUGUAAGUUAUAUCCAACAAACUUGAUUAUUAAUAAUUAUAGUUGUAGAGAGUUUUACGAUGAAAGAGACGCUUUUUCUUUCCAUGCACAUGCACUUGAAUAUUAUCCUAAAUUGUAUUAUUACUUGAAACAACUAUUUUACUAUUGUCCAAUUCAGAAUUGUUCAGAUUAUUCCUCUACAUUAUUCAAAUGUUCUACAUCUGAAAAAUGUAUAUCAAAAUACCGUGUAAAAGAUGGCGUCAGUGAUUGUCAUAGAGACUUCGAUGAACAAUAUAACGAUGUAUGUAACUUUAACUUGUCUAAACAUUUUAAAUGUUUCAGUUCUACCAAUGAAUGUAUACUAAGAACUAAACUUCUUGAUUCGAAAUCUGAUUGUACCGAUAAUAGCGAUGAGCUGUAUCCAAUUAAAUGCCAAACACCAAAUGAUUUGGGUUGUCGUUACAUGCAAGGAUUCGCUGUUCCUAUAAGCUACUUUCUUUUUCAAGAGAUUUGUAAUGGUAUCAUUCAUGAUGAACUUCGUUCGUCUGACAACGACACAGAUGAAACGGAUUGUAGUGAGUGGCAACUAUCAUGCAGUACCAGAUAUAAACUAUGUAACGGCAUGUGGAACUGUGCUGAUCAAUGGAUGUGCACUAAUAAGAGAGAGCGUGUUUAUAAACAGUUUACAUUUACAGAUUUUAGUCAAAAUCCGCCACGGGGUGCUACAAACGAGGCUGUUGUACCGACACCAGUAGCUUUAGAGGAUGCUCUACCCAAGUUAUUAGUAUCGCCAUAUUUAGUUCACCAUUGCAAUCGUGGUAUUGUACUUACAUCAAAACAAGGUAGAGAUGAAUGUCUUUGUCCUCCAAGUUAUAAAGGAACUUUAUGUGAAUAUCAGAGUAAGCGUUUGACUGCUUUUCUUCAAAUUGAAACCUCUGCUGCAUUUGGUCGUAGUGUUAUCUUUAAAUUAGUCAUUUCUGUCGUAAGUAACAAUAAUAGUAUCGAUGACAGAGAAGAAAUUACUCAUGUGCCGUAUAUUCAGACAAAUUUGUAUAAGCAUACUUUCUAUUUAAUUUAUCCAGAGCAUUCGAAUGAUUUCUUUGUCCAUAUUGAUGUUUUUAGAGUAGACGUAGAACAUGUUGAAUUCAUAUCCUCAUGGUAUUAUCCGAUUCCAUUUAAAUUUCUUCCAGCAAAUCGUUUAGCAGUGAGAUUAACAUUAAAUAUAACAAGAAAUAAAGCAUGCGAUAAAAACUGUUCUCAUGGCGUUUGUAUGAUUUAUGAGAAUGCCGUUGACAUUCACCGGUGUAUAUGCGAUGAAGGUUGGUCUGGAGCACAGUGUGAUAGGGCAUCAUCAACAAUUAUUUGUUCACCAGGAUCAAAGCUAGUAGAUUCAUCUGAUCGAUGUGUUUGUCCUCUUGGAAAAUUUGGCCCAGAUUGCUUUGCUCGAAUCGAUCCGUGUAGUCACAAACUUCGGUGUUACAACGAAGGUACAUGCGUUCCGUUAGACAUGAAAGGAUCGAAAUAUGUUUGUUUGUGUACACAAAGCUAUUUUGGCAAUCAUUGUGAACAUUCUGCUGCGAAAGCAACAAUUUAUCUAAGUGAUAUAAGUCGUACGAGUAUUCAGAAUCUACCUAUUGUUGUUGUUCAUCUCCUAGAUGUAUAUAAUAAUAUUAGUGUUAUGUCUGUAGAAGAACGCUAUGUAUUCAAAGAUGUUCGAAUCCGCACAAGUUUAACUGUUUUUCGAGAGAAACAUAUCUAUUUGCCGAAUUUUGUAUAUGUACAAGUAUUUUUCGAUAUAAAUAAUCUCCAUAGUGAGUAUUAUUUAGUUGCUCUUUUAAAACAUAGAGUAAAAACACAAAAAACUAAUAUGUUGUCAGCAAAUCGGUGUCCAUAUGUUAGUGAAUUAUUGAACAGUACAAUAAUGAAUAAGUUUUCCACACUGAACCGGUAUAAAUUUUAUUAUAAAGCAUGUUUUAUACAAAGCGUUAAAUGUUUUUUUGAUAAAAAUUACUUAUGUUUAUGUGAUAAUGAAGCCAGACUAGAGUGUCUUGUUUUUGAUCACACAGCAAGUAAUUGUACAUCGAAUGGUUAUUGCUUGAAUAGUGGUUAUUGUGUUCAACCAGUUCAAAAAGAAGAUAAAAUUGAGUUUGAAUGUUUGUGUCGUGCUUGCUAUCACGGAAACUUGUGUCAGUUCUCAACAACGCAAUAUUCCAUGUCACUUGAUGCCGUGAUUGGAUCAAAUGUUUUAGCUGAAAUGCCUUUAGCAAAACAACCAACCGAUUUAAAGGUAACUUUCAUAUUUGUAAUUCUCUUAGUCGCGAUCGGGUUUCUUUUCAAUUUGUUGUCAUUGAUCACGUUUUUCCAACAAAAAACACAAGAAGCUGGAUGCGGCUUUUACCUAUUUAGUUUAUGUAUAGUGAGUCAGCUAGGAUUAUUUAUGUUCGCAGCUAAAUUUAUUUAUUUACUGAAACCUCAAAGAAAUAAAAUGGCUGCCUAUUGGACUUGUGUUAUUCUUGAACUUUUUCUCAAAAUAUUACCGUCUACAACUAAUUGGUUAACUGCAUGUGUUGCAAUUGAAAGAACUGUGACAGUUAUUAAAGGAGUAAAAUUUGACAAAGUUCUUAGUAAAAAAGUUUCUCGGUAUGUAGUUUUCACUGUAAUAGUCGGUAAUAUUGUUAGUUAUUUGCACCAGUCAUUUAUCCGUCAUGUAAUUGAAGAUCCACGUUCCAAUGGUAUUACAUGGUGUGUGAUGAAAUUUAGUCAUCUUACGUUAGAAAAAUAUGAUAUGGCUAUAAAUAUUAUACAUUUAAUUGUACCGUUCUGUAUAAAUAUAAUGACAACACUUAUAUUAUUAAUUAGUUUAACGCAACCAAAAUUUAUAUCUCUUACUGCGAUAUCAAAUGUUACAUACUAUAAACUUUUAAAAGAACAAAUGGUUUUGUAUAAACCAUUUGUUCUUAGUCCGUUUGUACUUGUCAUUUUACAGAUACCACACUUGCUACUGUCAUUUACACUUGUCUGCAUAGAAUCUAAUUGGCAAAAAUAUUUCUAUUUAAUUACUUAUUUUGUUUCAUGUCUGCCACUGACGGGUACACUUGUUAUAUUUGUUUUGCCAUCACCUGUUUAUAAGAAAGAGUUUAUAAAGUGCAUAAUACGUGCAACAAGUCGAUCGACAGUAUGA